UACGUCACUGAUGCUCGAUGACGCCUCAGAUGGAACAUAAUAACAAACAAUCUUACAUUGAUCAUAUUUGAUCAUAUUUAACAAUAUAAAUAGCUCUCAAGCGAUUUGUACUUGCAGUUGUAGCCUCGAGCCCUAUGGGUUUUGAUCUGUAAAUACUUACACUAUUAAUUUUCCUCAGGAGAGCUUGAAGCGGAUAGGGACUUUCAGAGACACUUUUCCUCAACCAACAACAGUAACACAUUUAAAAGUUGAGUUCAUCAUUUUCCAGGAAGUGCAUGUUGAGGUCAUGUGGAGGAAGGCCGUGCUGGUGGCAGUGUUGGCGGUUGGGAUGGGGUACCUGUACCACACUGACCCAGAACUACCAACCCGUGUGCUGAACUAUGUCAGCGAAUCCCUGCCACAGAUGCAGCUGAGCGGUGGGUCAGAGCCCCGCCCCCUGACCAUGGAGGAAGCCAUCGCCCGCGCCUGGCAGACCCUGAUCACCACUCCUGCCCGCCGCUGGGGCAGAGUCGCUGUUGGGGUAAAUGCCUGUGUAGAUGUGGUGGUGUCUGGGGUGGGGCUGCUCCAGGCUUUAGCGUUGGAACCAGGAUUAGGCAGGGACCAUGAUGUGCUACACAGCAAAGAGGACCUGAAAGAGGCCUUUAUCCACUACAUGGGGAAGGGUGCCGCCGCAGAACGCUUCUUCUCCGAUAAAGAGGUUUUUCAAAGGAUCGCACGGGCGGCUGCGGAAUAUCCUGGUGCUCAGCUCUAUGUGGGUGGAAACGCUGCUCUGAUUGGCCAGAAACUGGCCUCCAACCCCCAGCUAGUGGUCCUUUUGUGUGGUCCAGUGGGGCCGAAGCUUCAUGAAUUGCUGGAUGAACAGAUCCUGGUCCCGCCCGAAUCUUUGCAGGAGACGGAUGAGUACCACCUUAUCCUGGAGUACAAAUCAGGUGAACAGUGGGGUUCCUCACGUGCUCCUCAGGCUAACCGCUUCAUUCUGUCCCAUGACAUGUCCAACGGUGAAAUGAGCGCUCUGGAGAUUUUCGUGGCCAGUCUGGAGGAUUUCCGGCCUGAUCUUGUGGUUCUCUCCGGGCUGCAUAUGAUGGAGGGAAUGGGUCGGGACCUCUGGGAGACCCGACUGAAAGAGGCAGUGGUGGCCAUCUCAGACGUGAGGAACGAGGUGCCCAUCCACCUGGAGCUGGCCAGUAUGACGGACAGAGACUACAUGAACAGAAUCCUGCAGCAGCAGGUCAUGCCCAUUGUAAACUCCAUUGGUCUGAACGAACAGGAGCUGCUGUUUUUGGCGCAGUCGGGAGGAGGCCCUCACGGUGACCUCGCUUCCUGGAACGGUAUACCCGAUGUGGGGCGCGUCAGUGACAUCAUCCUGUGGGUUCUGGAGCAGCAUGGACGGGCAGACCCAGAAUCCAAAGCUGAUCUAACCAGGAUCCAUUUCCACACGCUAGCAUACCACAUCCUGGCCACGGUGGACGGCCACUGGGGGAAUCAAGUAGCAGCGGUUGCCGCGGGCGCCCGUGUCGCUAGCAGUCAAGCGUGCGGUCUUCAAACAGUGGAUAUCACCAAGGUUGUCCUCAAAGCCCCUGUAAACUUCUACAGUUCUUUCUCAGAACCGAGAGAGAGCCUAACAGUGGACCCAACAACACCAGUCACCGUGUGGCGUAGAGGGAACGUGUCGUUCCAUUUAACGCCGGUCUUGGUGUGCAAACAGCCCCUUAGGACAGUAGGACUAGGGGAUGCCAUAUCAGCAGAGGGACUUCUGUAUUCCGAGAUCGGGCCGCAGGGUCAAUCUGAACUUUAGGAGUUUCGUAAGACGUCGGUCUUUGAGGUCAUGUUCUGAAAUGUUCUUGCCAUCAGAUCCUCUUCCUUGGCUAGAACUGAUUGAAGAAACAGACUUCCAAAAGCAGUUCUAGGAAUCAAAAUAACAGGACGCGAACACAUUUCCAAGGUGUUCUAGGAACAAGACCUCUCUCUCAAGUUCUGACAUGCAGUUCAAGUGCACUGUCCUCUUCCCGAGACUUUGUUGUCUACUUUCGUCUGAUAUUCAUAUUUUGAAAGAUUGCACCGGAUGCAAUAUUGUAAGCCAGACUUCACUCCUUUUUUUUUUUGUUGUAUUUUUUGUAUUUCUUUUUUAAAGUAUAGUUUACCCAUAAUUGAAGAUUGUCGUCAUUUACUCACACUCAUGUCAUUCCAAGUUCAUAUGACUUUCUUUCUUCCAAGGUUCAGACUCUUCAGAAUAUUUCGCUGAAUGUCCAAAAUUGCUUUUUUGAUUUGUAAUGCGGACUGAGGCUAUUGCGCUCCAGAAAUAACAUCUAAGUGCCAUUAAAGUAUUAUAAAAGAAGUCUAUAUGACUUUGACACUUUAUUCCAAGUCUUCUGAAGCCAUACAAUGGUAUGUGUGUGGAACGGACCAAAAUUUAGGAUGUCAUCAGUUGAACAUCUUCUCCUCCGUCAACACUCUCAAAUCUUAAAUCGUUGCUAAUAUGGCGCAUUAAGGCGGACAGUUUGUCGUCAACCUUCUUUUCUCGCUAUAUUUGAUUAUAUUAGAGUGACAUGGGGGUGAGUUUUUGGGUGAACUAUUCCUUAAGAGGAGAUGAGCAUCUUACUCUCGUAAACAGGUGCCGAACACCUGCGGCUGCUAUUGGGAUGGUCGAAAUGAAGGAAAAAUAAAAUGGAGAAUGCUUUUAAAGUUUUAAACAUUAUCUCCAAAGUACAAAAGAGAUUAGUGACAAACACUCCUUUUAUUUGACGGUUAGAAUUUGGCGUAUGAAAGUUAAGAACUAGAUAGGGGAAGUUUUUCAAGACAAACUUGUAUGUUCGCUUGACAAAGCCUUUAUAGAUAUUCAAGGAGACCUUCAGAAAGAUCUAUAGAUGGAUAGACUUUGUAUUGUAACCUAGAGCCAUGUUAUAGCAGACUUUGUUUGUGUUUGUUUACAUUGCUAAAACCGUUAUUCUGAUCAGUUGGAAAAGAUAUAGCAACAUGAGUCAGAACAGUCUGAAGGUCUAUGCCUAGUUUGGUGGAUGCAGGAAGAAGGCUGUAGGAGUUGAUCAUUGAUCAUUUUGGCCGUGGUUUAGGGAUUUUGGAAAAAAGCCUAAACGAAGUCUUUAGAAAAACAGUAUGUUGGCUUUGUCAAUCCAACAUCAUUAUAAGAGACUGAUUGCGUAUCGCUUUUUAUUUUGGAUGUUGAUGCACCAAAAGUGAGAUUUUUAUUUAAAAGUUGGCUUUGUUUUCUUUUAAGGGAGAGUUCACCCAACAAUGAAAAUAUUGGCAUCAUUCCAAACCCGAAUGACUUUCUUUUUUUCCCCUCAUACAAUGAAAGUUAAUGGUGACUGAAGCAUUGUGUCUAACGUCACCUUUUGUGUUCCACAGAAGACAUACAAGUUUGAAACAACAUGAGCGAGUUAAUGACAGAAUUAAUGUUUUUGGGAAAAAUGUCUCUUUAAGCAAAAUACAUUUAUAAUAGAGUAAAUAUUCGUGGGAUUCACUCUGUUGCUGAGAUUGAAUAGUUUAGACAAGUAGAUGCUUAACUGAAGGUAUUGUGGCCAUUAUUCAGUGCACAUAAUGUUAUUUAAAUAUUAAAUACCAUAAAUUACUUUGGUUUUAUAUGCAUCUUAAUACAUGUUCUUAAGGGAGCGGGUGGGAAUAUAGCUGUUGGUUUUUGCCAGCAUCACCUGUGAAAAUGAUAUGCAGAGAAAUCUUAUUUUACAUCGAUUUAUUCAUUCAUUCAUUUGAUAACUCUUACAAAAAUAUCAGUUUGUUUACGUUGGACUACUGGCGAAUCAUGUACUGUAGUAGCAUUAAUGAUGACUGUUGGUAUUUUGUAAUACUUCCUGUUUUUAAAAGUCAUAAAUACAGAUCGUAAAUUU